AACACCUAUCGUGACACUAACGAUAAGUUAAUUGAUAAUGUAGAAAGCAAGCUCGACGAAAACAGCUAUAUAUGUACACCGCAGCUCACCUUGUUGUAGAUUUUGUGGAAACAUCAUCUGUAGUCAAAUAAACCUACGAAGCUCGAUUAAUCAAUAACAGUUGUUCAAUAGAUUACUCGAAUAUCUAAUUUAUCUUACAUAUCUAGCUUGUUCAAUUUAGGAACCAUGUCGAUUCAACAACUUGUCUUAGUUACUGGUGUUACAGGCUUCAUUGGAGCCCAUGUUGCUGUGUCUUUGCUCAACAAAGGUUACCGUGUGCGUGGUACCGUCCGCUCCAUGGAGAAGGCUAAUGAGCUUGUCCGCUUAAAUCCCGAGCUCAAAGACAAGAUCGAAUUUGUCAUCGUCAAGGACAUUGUAGAACCCGAUGCGUUUAAGGAUGCUGUCAAGGACUGUGACUAUGUUUGUCAUGUUGCUUCUCCUUUCUUUGUCGAAAACAUCACAGACAACAAGACUCAACUUUUGGACCCCGCUGUUAAAGGUACACUCAGUGCCUUGGAGGCAGCCAUCACUGAACCCAAGGUAAAGCGUGUUGUCAUCACAUCUUCUUUUGCUGCUGUCGUUAAUCGAGGCAGGGACCCCAAUGCUGGGUAUAACUAUACUGAGAAGGACUGGAAUCCCGUUAGUUAUGAGGAGGCUGUAAGUACUAAGAACGGUCUCAGUGCUUACUCUGCCUCUAAAAAGUUCUCCGAAAAGGCUGCUCGUGACUUUGUCAAGGAAAAGCAACCUCAUUUCGAUAUUUGCACCAUCAACCCUCCUUAUGUGUUAGGUCCUCCCAUCCAUCCCAUGAACAGUAUGGAAUCCUUGAACGUUUCUAAUCAAGUUCUGUGGAAACUCAUCAAUGGCUCCAAGGUACAACCUUCUGUGCAAGCUUAUCAAGUGGACGUCCGUGACAUUGCCAAUGCUCACGUAUUUGCACUCGAGAAUAAGCAACUGAGCAAUGGUCGUUUGCUCGUUUCCCAAGGUCCUUUAUUCACCAAUCGCAUAAGCAAAGUUCUUCUUGAAAAGUUCCCAGAAAAGAAGGAUAUAAUUUCCGAACCUUCUGAUGUCCCUUUUAACGAAAAAAUGCACAAGGUAGACAGCUCGCUCUCCAAAUCCCUUGGCUUGCAAUACUACAGCGAAGAGCAAACUUAUGUUGACACUGCCACGAAGCUUUGGGAGCGUGCCAAGCAAUUUGCCGAAGCUAAGUAAGUUGUUUAACGACUGUCUUUCGAACCUUAUGAUUUCAUUUUUCUUCAUGUAGCAUUUUUCUCUAGUUAUUUUUAUAUAAUUUGAAUAGCCCUUAGUCUUAAUUUGAAAAUUUUAGAGUGUCUACCACUUUUAAUCUUUUCCUUUGUCAUGUAUUCUGAUGUAAAAUUGAAUUAGAAAUAAAUAUAAUUAGAGUUGGA